AUGGGAAUCUCCAGACUUCUCGCAACCAAAGUUCCAAACAUGCAAGCUACCUUCACCCUCCUGCUCGGAGCCAUGACUCUGCUCUCUACUGGAGCACUGGCAGCUCCAAUUGAAGACGGUAAAGCCAUACCCGUCGCGGCUGUCGUUGACAACAGAGCCAUAGCUGCCCUGGACCAUUGGCUAGGUGGAUGCACCCCGGUCAAGUUCACCGACCCUUACAAGAAGAAGGACGCGGCGAAGGCCGAUGAAGAUGAGGAGUGA